UUGAGGUCAUUCAGCGUGGAGGGCAGGAAGAAGUCAGCUCAGUGCUGUUUGGAGGCUCUCUGCUUUAAUCCGGAGCUGGUUUGGACACCGAAGCCGCAGCAUGAGCAGCCUGAGGGUCCUGCAGAGACUGCAGACCACCGGCUCUGCUCCUCCUGCAGCCUCCUCUGGCAGCUGGAGCUGGAUCGUGUCCUCCUGCUGCAGACUCCGGACCGGGCCCGGGUCUGAGCCCCGUAGAGGGCUGUCGGUGUCCGGCAGGGGAACCAUGAAUGUGUUCAACAGGGAGAUGAAGAAGAGGCAGAAGAACUGGGCAGCAUGUCUGCAGGACGGACACCAGUACGACUACCUGAGGGACGAGGUUGGCAGUCGAGUGGCAGAUCGCGUCUACGACAUUGCGAGGACGUUUCCUCUGGCGUUGGACAUUGGCGGUGGAAAAAGUCACAUUGCAGAGCAUCUAAGUAAGGAUAUUGUGGAGCGUUUGUUCCUGACAGACGUCUCAGAGAAAACUCUGAGGCAGAGGAGAAAGAGUGAGAUCCUGACUCACUGCGUUCUAGCUGACGAGGAGUUUCUGCCGUUUAAAGAUAACACCUUCGACCUGGUGGUCAGCAGCUUGAGUCUGCACUGGAUCAAUGACCUGCCUGGAGCCCUCAGACAGAUCCACCAGGUGCUGAAGCCGGACGGGGUGUUCAUCGGGGCCAUGGUGGGCGGGGAGACCCUGUACGAGCUGCGGUGUUCCCUUCAGCUCGCCGAGACCGAGAGGGAGGGAGGCUUCUCCCCCCACGUCUCCCCAUACACCGCCGUCACCGACCUGGGCAACCUGCUGGGCCAGGCCGGCUUCACUAUGCUCACUGUGGACAUUGACGAUGUUCAGGUUCAUUAUCCAGGAAUCACUGAAGUCAUGACUGACUUACAAGGUAUGGGUGAGAGUAACUGCGCUUGGAACAGGAGAUCAAUGUUGCACAGAGACACCAUCUUAGCAGCAGCAGCUAUUUAUAAAGAGAUGUACGGUAACGAGGACGGGUCCAUCCCUGCCACCUUCGACAUCCUCUACAUGAUUGGCUGGAAGCCUCACGAGUCACAGGCCAAACCAGCGAAGCGAGGCUCAGCCAACGUGUCAUUUAAGGAUUUGUCAAAGAUUGGCCAGCCGACCACCACAACGAAGUCAUAGAAGCAUCUGAGCCUCUGAACAGCUGCCAACCUGCAGAGUGUAAAUAAUGUAUUUUAGUAUGUGUCAACGAUGUUUUGUCACCGGUUAAAAAGAAGUCGACAUGUUGUAAUAUUAAUAAAUAAAGUUGAGUAAUGAAAACUGCA